CUUCAUUUAUUCAUAAAGAGCCAAAAAAAAAAAAAAACAAUCUUCAACUGUAAAUAUUUAUUUUCUCUUUUUUGGUUUGGGAUUUGUCUGAAAUGAACAGACGAGUUUUGGCUUGAGGGGUUCUCUUUGCAGUUUUCUAUAACACCCUCUACGUGGUGUACUCUCAUCUACAUUUUUCUUACACUCCUGAGGGAGGACCUAUGUUGAUGUGAAAUAGAAUGAAGAUGAAUAUAGAAUAUCAAGGCUGUGAAAAUAUGAUUGUUUGCCCUUCAAUAAGCUCAUCUGCGAAAGGUGCUGUGUGCCUGAGUGGGUAUAUCCAAACACAGAUGGGCAGCAAGAUGUCUUCUAUGAUGUCCCGAAGGCCAUCUAGUUCACGCUGUUUCUGUUUCAAUCCUGGGAAUUCAAACACAAAGUAUACACAUUUGUUUGUCUCCAAGAAUCAUCUGUCUAGUGUUAGUCGAACAUCUCAGAGAAACUUUGUCAGCUCUUGCUUCUCCAAAGAAACAGGCAAAUUGUGGUCUUUAACAGCUAAAGAUUUGGUUAGUGCUGAGGGGACCCGGGGAAGAAACCUUAAAAUUUCAAUCGCAAAUCAUGCUUUGAACAUGAGAAUUGUAGUGCCCAAAGGAAUCAAACAAACAAUGCUUCCCAAAGUCAGUUGUAAUGUUGGACCAAUUUCUUGGCCAUCGGGCUGUGCCUCUGCCGGAUUAAUUUGUGGGUUAUUGGUUUGCUAUUCGAGUUCUGAACCCUUGAAUGCUGAAUCAGCACAAGGAGGCAAUUAUAAGAAAGAUGACUGUGAUUCACCACACGUUAAAUUGUCACAUGGGAAGAAAGUAUACACUGACUAUUCUGUGAUCGGAAUACCAGGAGAUGGGCGAUGCAUGUUUCGCUCCGUUGCUCAUGGAGCUUGUUUACGAGCUGGGAAACCAGCUCCAAAUGAGAAUUUGCAAAGAGAAUUAGCUGAUGAUUUAAGGGCCAGAGUUGCUGAUGAGUUUAUCAAAAGAAGAGAAGAGACAGAAUGGUUUGUAGAAGGUGAUUUUGAUACAUAUGUCUCACAAAUCAGGAAGCCACAUGUAUGGGGAGGGGAGCCUGAACUAUUCAUGGCUUCACAUGUUCUCCAGAUGCCUAUCACAGUGUACAUGCAUGACAGAGAAGCUGGUGGGCUAAUCACCAUUGCUGAGUAUGGCCAAGAAUAUGGAGAUGGAAACCCCAUUAGAGUCCUUUAUCACGGUUUUGGUCAUUACGACGCCCUCCAAAUUCCCUCAAACAAAGGUGCUAAUUCUAGACUCUAGAAUAGCACUUAUGUUAAGCUUUUUGUUAACACAACAAUCUUACGCUUUCUAUCUAUAACCAAUACAAAUCUGAGUCUCACACAUGUUUUUAUAUACAUUUGUAUUUGUAUUUGUGUUCGUUUUUGUUUUAACAAAGAUGCGGAUGAAAAUUAACUGUAUUUCAUAAGUUUUUUUAUUAUUAUUUAUCCUUCUUUAUUGUAUAAUGGACAUUAAAAAUUUAAAAAUAUCAAUUUUAUUCA